CUUAUGCUGGCGCCCUUGACGUUACCGCACCGUUCGUAGACAAAAUGGCAGCCUCCAGUGGGAAAAAGAAGGUAGAUCUUCGGGAGUUAAUGAGACAGCAAAAGGCUGCAAAGCAAAGCAGUGUCAAGAGAAUUGAAUCACCAUUAGCAAAGUAUAACAACCUUGGUCAGUUAAUCUGUGUAGUUUGUAAUCAGCAGGUGAAGAAUGAAAUACUGUGGACAGCUCAUAUUCAAGGAAAGAAACAUAAAGAUAAUGUAUUAUUGCUGAAGACUGGAAAGCAAGUUGGUAGUAAAGUAGUUAGUACACACCCUGUGAGAAGUAAUGCACAACCAGUGCCACAGCCUUCAACAACUACUAUCAAACGAAAGGCAGAACCGGAUACUACUGCACAACCAGUCAAAGGCAUACUAAAGAAACCAAGAAUUGGUCUGCCAUAUGAUGACUCUUCAUCUGAGGAAUCAGACAAUGAAGAAACACCACAAGACAAACUUCCAGCAGACUUCUUUGACAAUCCUAAAAGAACAUCAUCAUCCACAUCAAAGACGGUUACAUCAAGUACAUCUUCAUCACAGGUCAAGAGGUCAAAUGAUGUCAUACCAUCGGGACUUCCAGCAGACUUUUUUGACAGCAGUGCUUCCUCAAAUAAUGCAUCAGAAGAGCCUUCAGGAAAAGAGGAACAGGACCUGACCAAUAAGCCAAUGUCAGAGGUUCUUCCAGAAGGUUUCUUUGAUGAUCCUGUGCAGGAUGCAAAGGUACGGAAAGUAGAAGUGAGGAACACAAUGGAAGAGGAAUGGGAGAAAUUUCAGAAAGAGAUGGAAACACAGCAACAGGUGUCAGAAACUCUGGCAGAGGAAGAUGAUGAGGCAGCACAGACAGAACGAAAUAUUGAUGAAAUAGAUGAACAAAUUCAAUGUUUUGCCAAAGUGGAGACACUAUGGGACAAGAAAGAUGAACUGAAAUCAAAGGCUGAAGACAGAAUGAAAGAUGGAGAGAGGAAACAAGGUGGAAAUGAACUUGAUGAGAGUGGAGAUGAGGCAGAGUUUGAAGAAUUCUUGAACUGGAGAUCAAAAGGUGCUUGGAAAUGACUUUGUGUCUGUCAAAUAUGACCAAUUUAUGGUACAAUGUUUUGGGCAUUGAUGGGUCUUACUUGCACCAUUACUGAUGAAUGAAACUCACUACUCUUCUUUCAUGAACACUGUAUGGAUGGUCAAGCAUACAAGGACAACUAGUUUCUUCUGUGAGAGCUCGGGACCAAGGAAACACUGAUUUUGUACGAGUUCAUGUCGGUUUUGACACAAUCUGAUUUCUGAUUGAAGACAUUUCUUUAUAAAGCGAGACAGGCAUUCUUAACACCAUGGCUCAAAAAAAUAAACAUGAGCUAAACAAAUUUCAUUUCCAUACAAUGGUGGCAGUCAUUCUGAAAAAUCUGCUGACAAUUUUAUUGACUGAUUGUUUUCUACAAUUAAUAUUAAAUAGAAAUAUAAUGAAAAUGCCUUGCGCAAGAUAAUAGAAAACAUGAUAAAGAAUAUGAAAGGUGGGUAAAAUGACUAGUAUAUAAAUAUGAUUCAUUAAUGCAUAAUUUCAUUUUGGCAAGCUUAAUGUCAAGUUUAAUUCACAUUUAUCCAUUUGGCUUAUGUACGACGUCAAUGCUAUUUCUGCAGUAAAAUAAAGUUUGUUUAUCCCAACACCAAUUAUUACUGAGCUAAUCAGUCAUUCACAGUUGUCAAAUGAAUAAGACAAAGACAACUAUAUUAUCAAUUACUUGAAAAACAAGCAUUAUUCUAACAUGCUGGAAAUUGUGUUCAUUCAAAUUUAUUAUAAGCCACAGAAUUUACCAUUGUCAUGAGUGAGAGAUCUGUGAAAAUAUCCCUUGUAAAGUCACAAUUUAUAAAAUAUUUUUAUAAAAUUAAAUAUGUGUACUGUCUGAUAAUGUACAAAUGGAAUAAAGCAGUAUAUAAUGUUAAUACACCACAUUUCUAACACUUUUUAAAAUAAAUAUAUUUCAUUCCUGUACAACAAUGACUAUAUAUCUAGCAACAUGGCAUAUCAAUAGAUAUGAUAUUAAUGAUGAAUCUCAAAAUAUAAAAUUAUGACAUAAGUACUGACUUUAUUGCACCCCAAUAUAAAGUUGUUUUGCAUCACUCAUUAAAUGGAUAUUAAAAAAGGAACAGUACAAGACAGGUACAUUUCAUACAUUGGGUAAGAAGUAGUAAACAAUAGACCAGGGGGGCAUUUCAUGGAAGGACUUGUCAGACAUUACAGUUACCAUAGGAACAAUGCCUCUCAGCCAAUCAAAAUCAGGGAAAGAUGUCAGAUGACAACUUGUCGGGUGAAAAUGUUGAUGAAACGCUCCCCAGGGCCCCGACUUACAAUGAGUUACGAUUGAUCCGAUUAACUACAAUGAUGGAAAGCCAGCAAUGUCAACAUCUAAAAUACAUGUUUGUUCAAAAAGAAUUCUAGACAUGAUGUAUAUUCAUAGUUUUCUUCAAAAUUUGUUGUGCUUCUCUUUGUUUACAAAUUAGGACAUUGUGCAAAUUUCCUGUAGAAAAAUUAUGAUGUCAAUGGAUUUCCAUAUACUUGAGGUUGAUUGGAUCAAAUACUCUUUGUAAGACAGCCCAAAAAAUUGCCAUACUACUGGCUCAAGCAGGGCAGGGUAGGUGAACAUAAAAUAUUAAACAGUGACAUAAAGAACCAAAAGAUUUACCAAGAUGAAAAUAUAUUCAUAAGCAACUAAAGUAACAUAUGGAAAUGUUGGUUAAACAUAUCAAAAUGCAAAUUAUUGUGUUGAUUUGGAAGUUAGCAUAUACAGUUGGGCCAGUUUACAUACACCCAGGAAAUUCAAAGAAAAGUUUACACCAAACAU